GGAGAGAAGAGAGGGAAAAGAGAGUAAUGUGACAUUGACACACGCAAACACUCUGUGUCGAGGAGAAGAACGGAGAAUUCGAUCAAGAAGGAAAGAAAGAGAGAGGGCAAGGAUUGAUGAAAGCCACGACAUGGAGAUAGAACCCGCCGGCAAUGCGGUUGGGACUCUGCAAACGGCUAAACGCCAACGAAUGCACAUAGACCGUCACGUAACGGUCGAAGGUCGCGACAGGAGGGUCAGAAUUCCUGUAACCUGUGCUUCUGGCAUCUUCCGUCUGACUCGGGAACUUGGUCACAAAUCCAACGGACAAACGAUUCAGUGGCUCUUGGAGCAGGUUCGCCCUGAACUCGUCAUCCCCAAGCCCAAAACGCUUCCUUCCAAGAGACUUUCGGCCGGGAACUCCGCCAACGAUUCCGCUCCCAAACCCAUCUCUAUCGCUUACCCUGAACCUGAAGACAAUGCUAACGACGCCAGGCUCAUUGCUCUUCUACCUGCUCCUGAAGACGCUGAGCCGGUGAUGUCAGCCGGAGAAACCGUCUCAAGGUUUGACGCGGGAUGUCCUCGUCCGACGGUUCGAGCAACUGUUGUGCAGGCAUCCACUGUCUUCUAUGAUAUCCCCGCGACAUUAGAUAAAGCAGAAAGAUUGAUUGCAGGUGCUUCUGCUUAUGGCUCUCAAUUAGUUGUGUUUCCAGAAGAAUUUGUUGGUGGUUAUCCUCGACGCCCUCAUUGUUCAAACUUAGAUGUUCCGACUGGGAUGCUACCAGCUGAGGGGAACAGUGAGUUUCUGAAGUAUCAUGCCUCAGCCAUUGACGUGCCUGGUCCUGAAGUUGACCGACUUGCUGCAAUUGCUGGAAAAUAUAAAGUUCAUUUAGUUAUAGGAGUGGUGGAGAGAGAGGGAUUCACACUUUUCUGCACAGUUCUGUUCUUCAAUUCACAAGGCCAGUAUCUUGGGAAGCACCGCAAGUUCAUGCCCAAAUCAUCAGAAUGCAUGGUAUGGUGUUCUGGGGAGAAAACGACGCCGCCUGUGUACGAGACAUCAAUUGGGAAGAUAGGCGGUCUUAUCUGCUGGGAUAAUAGAUUGCCACUUUUAAGAACGAAGCUGUAUGCUAGAGGUAUUGAAAUAUACUGUGCACCUACAGCAGAUGCCAGUGAUGUAUGGCGUGCAUCAAUGACCCACAUUGCUAUUGAAGGUAGCUGCUUUGUUCUGUCUGCGAAUCAGUUCUGCCAAAGGAAAGAUUAUCCACUUCCAGAGGAAUGUGUGUCUGAAGAUGCAAACAACAAUCUCUCACCAGAAUCUGUAGUUUGUGCUGGAGGCAGUGUAAUUAUUUCACCAUCAGGCGUCGUUUUGGCAGGACCCAAUUACCAAGGGGAGUCUCUCAUCUCAGCUGAUCUAGAUCUUGGAGAAAUUGCACGUGCAAAGUGUGAUUUCAACUGUGGCAAACAAAGUGCAGCACACAACUCCCUUGGCAUGAUCAAGAAUGACUAUAAUUCAGUUUCAUUUGCAGCUGCGGUGAAAACGGAACCUACCAGUGAUUAGUAAUAGCAAUACUUGGGGGAGUCAUGUUCUGAAUCACCUUCCUUCUCCAGCCUUGCAGCCGCGUUAUGCCUAUUUUGUGGAUUGUACAAAUUCUCCUCUAUGUAUUCUUCUAACCCAUAGGUU